AAUACUUUUUAUAAGUACAUAUCUAUAUGUAUGUAGUCUGGUCCUAGUAUGGAAGAUAAGUAAGCUCUAUUCUGAUAUGGCUUCUUUGUUAACCAAACUAUUUUAUAUGUUUGCUCUAAUAGCGAUAGACGCUUAUAUGGUAGAACUCAUAGAACCUCCUGAAAAUUUUGUGCAGAAACACUAUGUUCAAGCCUUCUUUCCACCAUCAUCCGGUUCCUUAUUUCCUUACCUAAAAUUGGAGGGCUCUUUACCACCGUUGCGCCAUUUCACACUCUGUACGUGGGCUAAAGCCUGGAACCUCAACACAAAUGGUAACUUCAUUUUCUCGUACAGUUAUCCUGAAAAGGGAGGAGACAACGAAUUUCUGGUAGGAGUUUACAAAAAACCCGAAGCAGCUCCUGAACUGUCUAUUCAUGUUAGAGGAAAACAUUCUCGUGCUGAAUGUUCAAGAUUCACCAUCGGACAUUGGCACCAUUUGUGCUACAUCUGGACUAGAGUAGGUGGACGAGUUGAAAUGUCUGUGGACGGGCAAAAGUGUUCCAACACCAAGGAGAUAGCACCAGGUCUCGAGAUCCGCACCGGUGGUACUGCAAUCAUUGGACAAGAACAAGAUUCAGUUGGUGGAGGAUUCAUGGUGGAACAGGCUUGGAAUGGAGAAAUAACUGACCUUCAACUCUGGGAUGAGCCUCUAAGUCCAGCUCAGAUUCAGUUCAUAAGGUGUAACAGAUACCAAGCCGAAGGGUCGGUAUUCAGCUGGAUGAAAAGCCCCAUGGUGGCACAUGGUGUUGUUUUCUCCGAAACAAAUGUAUGUAAACUCUCCUACCCAUUUUCGUGAUGUGGAAAUCGUAAAAUUUGUCUAAGAUUUUCUGAAAACGUAUUAUCGACAUACAUUCGUCAGAAUUUAAAAUAAGUUUGAAUCUUUAAUUUGAUAAAAGAUGGCUCUGUAAAAGCAAUUUACAGUAAAAAUAUUUUAUAUUCAUGUAUAAUCAAGAAUUUGUUUAAUUUUAGCUUUGUUCUUAUUUGAAAUGAUCAAUAAAGAGUGGUCCUUACCUUAUGUACAAA